GUACACCCUGCGAAAUAGUCUCUUGUAUAGGGCACAGUAAAUGAAUCACCCAAAUCAUAACACGAAACAAGCUUCUGACUUCUAAGUAAUCGCUUGCUUCAGUUAUAAUAUUUCUAUUCUUUAUCCACUCCAGUACCCCAUAUUUGUUUUCACCCGGACUGCCAGCAGCCUGCUUCAUCCCAACUGUCCCCUCAUCAUCCACGUAUUUUUUCCCCAUCUUAUGACGUAGCUAGGCCUUCCCCACACAGACCUCUCUCCAAUUCGCAGAACCAGAGCGUAAAACCAAGAGGGUCAAUCGAAAGCCAACAAAAGAAGCAGCAUCAAGAAACGAAAUACAACACCCCAUAUACCCGAAAAGUCAAUUCCAAACAUAAACACAACAAAUGAAAACCCACAACCAAGGGGGCCCCCUCUACAUCGGCUUCGACCUCUCCACCCAACAACUAAAAGGCCUGGUCGUCACCUCCUCGCUAAAAGUCAUCCAUGUAGCCAAAUUCGACUUCGACGCCGACUCGCACGGCUUCCCCGUCGAAAACGGCGUGCAGACCAACGAGGUUGAGCAUGAAGUCUUCGCACCCGUCGCCAUGUGGCUGCAAGCGCUGGAUGGCGUGCUGCUCCGGCUUAAGGAGCAAGGGCUGGAUUUCGGGCGUGUACGCGCCAUCAGCGGUGCGGGCCAGCAGCAUGGCAGUGUCUAUUGGAAUGCGGAUGCCGGGCGGAUUUUGGCUGAGUUGGAUGCGGGGAGGGGGCUGGAGGAGCAGGUUGCGGCGGCGCUAUCGCAUCCGCAUAGUCCGAAUUGGCAGGAUGCGAGUACACAACGGGAGUGUGACCAAUUUGAUGAGUUUCUGGGGGGACAGGGCAAGUUGGCGGAGGUGACGGGAAGUAAGGCGCAUCAUAGAUUUACGGGACCGCAAAUACUACGGUUCCAGCGCAAGUACCCGCAUGCAUAUAAGAAGACUGCGAGGAUCUCACUCGUCUCGUCCUUCCUGGCGUCCUUAUUCUUAGGCAAGAUUGCCCCCUUUGAUAUCUCAGAUGUAUGCGGGAUGAAUCUAUGGGAUAUUCAAAAGGGCCGGUGGAAUGAGCGGUUGCUCGAGCUAUGCGCUAGACCGUAUGGAGUAGCCGAUUUAAAACAAAAACUAGGCGACGUGCCAGACGAUGGUGGAAUAGAACUGGGGAAAAUUAACCGCUACUUUAUAGAGCGGUACUCGUUCAAUCCUGAAUGUGUUGUAAUUCCGUCCACGGGAGAUAAUCCAGCUACAAUCCUCGCUCUACCUUUGCGACCAGGGGACGCAAUGGUAUCCCUAGGAACUUCAACUACCUUCCUCAUGUCAACGCCAGAAUACAAGACUGACCCCUCGACACACUUCUUCAACCACCCAACAACACCGGGGCUCUAUAUGUUCAUGCUCUGCUAUAAGAACGGCGGAUUGGCGCGCGAACACAUCCGUGACGCCAUUAAUGAUAAAAUUAGCAAAGACUCAUCUGGCACCACUUCUUCCGAUCCCUGGAGUAACUUUGACAAAGCCCUCCUGCAACGACCAGCAGCCGGCCAAAGAACAGACGCUGAUCUCAUGAAAAUGGGCCUCUUCUUCCCCAGGCCCGAAAUCGUACCUAACCUCCGCAACGGCGAAUGGCACUUCAACUACGACCCCCGCAAAAAGACCCUCGAGGAAUCCGAGCAGAGCUGGGACAGGCCACUGGACGACGCGCGUGCCAUCGUCGAGAGCCAGAUGCUCUCGCUACGUCUGCGCUCUCGCGAUCUCGUGCACAGCCCGUCCAAAGACACCCCGCCGCAGCCCCACCGCGUAUACCUUGUUGGUGGUGGGUCGCGCAAUAAAGCCAUUGCCAAAGUGGCCGGGGAAGUCCUCGGCGGGGUUGAAGGGGUUUACAAGCUAGAUGUUGGUGAGAAUGCUUGUGCGCUUGGGGCAGCCUAUAAGGCCGUCUGGGCGCAGGAGAGGGCGCCGAACCAGACGUUUGAGGAUUUGAUUGGGAAGAGGUGGAAGGAGGAGGAGUUUGCGGAGAAGAUUGAUGAAGGGUAUCAGCCUGGGUUGUUUGAGAGGUUUGGGAAGGCGGUGGAAGGGUUUGAGAUGAUGGAGAAGCGGAUUUUAAGGCAGGAGGCGGAAGGAAGGAGUGCGGGUUGAGUUUAAAUCGUUUUGCUUCUCUACUGUUCCUCGUCUCAUUUUCACUUUUUCUGGGGCUUUUUUUUUU